CGGCUUAAACCUUAUCUUUCUUGCUUUAGUCCUUUGACUUCCUUAACUUUUUCUUGUGGCGCUAAUAAAUGUGACUCGGUUUUGUUACUAACCGGAUCAUUUAUUCUUGUUACUGUUUUUUCUUUACAUAUUAUUCCUAUUUUCCCCCCGGGAUUUGAACAGGUUAAAUAUGCUAAGCAAUUGGAAGUCAUCAGAUACACAAAAGACCAAUCUGCCGAUCUUGUGGAUGCAGAUGAUUCUUAUAACCAAACCAGAACGUCCUCCCCUGAUCUGAACAUAACAACUUUCAUAAAUGGAAACGCUGCACACGAAAACUUGGGCGUACACUCUGGCACCGAUAACAUUCAUUCAGAUAUGGAUAGUUCUGAGACUUCAACAACUACAUUUCCAGUUAAGACCGUAAAAUUCUACACUCUUUCCUCAAAUCUGGCAAAUAUGUCUGCAGAAGAACUUGAUCAUUACAAACUAGCUGUUUCCUUGAAUUGGGAUAUAUCUAAAUGGUUUUUUAACUUUGAAUUUAGUUCUGAAAUGGAGCGCUCUUUUGCCAUUUCUUCCUUUUAUUUGGGUGCAAUGUUUAUAUCUGUGGUUACGAUAUUUACUUCGAAAUUCAGCACCAAAGCAAAUCUUAUUCUCAGCUCUAUAAUUCUCAUUUAUGGAGGAGUGCUUUCUGCUGUUUCCCCCAAUUGGAUUCUUUUAACUAUUGGGCGUUUUUUUCUUGGAAUGGGUAGCGGGAUUGCUGGCACAAUGACUCCAAUUUUCUUUACCUAUUUCGAAAAUGUUGCCGGUUCCGAGUCCAUAGCCAAGGGUUUUAGGGACUUUUAUCCACUGCUAAUUCCAGGAGGAAUACUUCUUGCUGGAAUCCUGCAACAGUAUUUUCUGAACAUCCAUUAUUUGGCCUGGAGAAUUCUUAAUGGUGGAACUGCAUUCUUAUCAAUUAUAGCUAUUUUAUUUCUAUUGCCGAAGGUUUCUCCACAAAAUGUGGAUUCUGAGGAUAUGGCGAAUGCUACUCAACCUUUGAUGCAACAAACCGCCCCUAAAUCUAGCUCUAGCCUUUUGAAUACGAUUUUUGGCGAAGGAAGUAAAUCGGCUAUAGUUAUCAUCUGCCUCCAUAUCUUUCAGCAAUUAUCUUUCAUCAACGGAUAUUUUUCUUACACAAAAGAGAUAUUUGGCGACCUUCCGAAUAUUUCUAUCCUUUUGGGCGUUGCAAAUGUUGCUGGAACUUUUUUAAAUGUUGCAAUUAACGUACCGAAAAACAAGAAAGACACGAAAGACCAGGAAAAGACUUGCAAUAAUUGUUUCGUGGAUUUAGCAAAUAAGAUUGAUACAAAAUACAUCGGGGCAAUCAGUGGGGCUGGAACUGCAGUUUUUUCAUGGGUGCUCUUCCUUGGGUUGUUUCUAGAUAUUUCAAUCGUAAAAUCUGUUUCUGGAUUCGGCUUUAUCUUUUUUUUUGCUCUUGGAUUUGGACCUAUCCCUUGGAUGAUUAAUCCAAAAAUCACACCUGAAAAGUUUCAGAAAGCUUAUGGUUCAUUAGGAUCAAUAGUGAAUUGGCUACUUUCUUUCAUGAUCACCCUUUUCACAAACAAGAUUCUUUCCUCUUUAAAUGAGUUUGCAUUUCUUAUUUUUGCGGUCUUUUGCGCUGCUUUCGCGCUGAUUAUGGCAUUCUAUGUUCCAAAAUUAGACACAAGACCUGCCGAGUUUCUCCCCAGCAAGUCUUUUUUCAGCAAAGUUUGUUGCUGUAAAAGUGAUGCUAGCUUGGAUGAUGAUUUUUCACAUGAACAAGCUAAAAAUCAAAUCCAAUUACAACCUACUGAUACUGUGCCUCCUGGGGCUGAGGCGUAG